AACUCAGCUCUUAACCCACUACAUUCCAAGGAAUUUCAAAUACCACAUCUCAACAUGAACUUCCACAAGAUCUUCAUCUUUGUUGCCCUCAUCCUUGCCGUCAGCAUAGGUCAAUCCGAGGCUGGUUGGUUGAAGAAGCUUGGCAAGAGAAUUGAACGCAUUGGCCAGCACACUCGGGAUGCCACCAUUCAGGGACUGGGUAUCGCCCAACAGGCCGCCAAUGUUGCAGCCACUGCCAGGGGCUGAUGUCAAUAGCCCCCAUCAAUAGCUGUGCUCUUCAAUUAUUCAUUAAAUAUAUUUAUUUUAAUUUUAAGUGUUUACAUAU